AUGCCUAAGGUCAAAGCUGGUGAUGGGCCCGCUCGGUCCAUGCAACAAUCUUCAGUACCUUCAAAUAUGGGAGGUAUGAGCAUUAUCAUCUCGAAGCGUGGUGGCGAUGAGGAACUUGCCCGGCUCCAACUCCCCGGGUUUUGCGUAGAUCAUAUGAUGAUGGCGUCGCCCGAGGCCAACGUGAGUAUGAUGUUAAAGCACAUUAAUUCGGUCCUCAAGCCAAAUACCGUCACUGCACUGUAUUUCGAGGGAGAGCCCUGUAGCGGUAUUACGGCAGAAGACUGCACAGAUGGCAUGGUUUUCGAGGUCGAUUGCUGA